GUUGUUGCAGGACAAAAAAAAAAAAAAAACAUGAGGACCAUGCAUGUACUGAUGGUGGCAGUCUUGGUUUUGAUCCUCGUGACUCUGAAGGUUGAUGCUGAUGAUCAUGCAACAAUGAAGGAGGAGAAAGAGCCAAAACGGCAAUUUCUCAGCCAAACAGCUUUUGGUCGAAAGGCCAUCAAAGGUCGCCGUAAGGAUCAAGACGAGCUUGGUGAAAGCAAGAAGAGCUCUGCGAGUGGGUACAUGACAGAUUCAGAGAAUGAUGGAAGCGAUACAAUCAACAACAAUGAUAAUAAUUCUGGAUUGCAUCUCAAUAAUCAUCACUAUUUCACGGAUCCUCGAAAAUUACCUCAUCGCAAUUGAUACGAUCGAGCCAACAGAAUUAAUUAUUUGAAGAGUUGUAUGUUGUUAAAUAAGAGGUUGAUAAGCUCUUUUAAUUAUUAGAUAGCAGUCUUUGAAAUUCUCAAACUUGCUAACUUUAUACAAAAGAGUUGAAGAAUUUCAAAGUGCUUCUAAUAAUACUAAAAGAGUUUAACCUUGGUAAACCUCUUCAUAUGAUUAAUUGCCUUAUUAUAAAUAUGGUGUGUUGCACGCAUGCAGCUAGAUAGAUAGAUAUUAAAUAAAGUGGAUGUAAUCAGCGCGGCAUGUGUGUUUGUGUUUUAUAGAUAUAAUCGCUGUAAUAAGGGUGCUUCAACAUGAUUGUAAAGAUUCCAGUGUGAUCAUGUGCUAA